AGGCACAUUUCUUUCUUUCCAGAAGCAGCAUUGUUUUAAUUUACAAUUGUGACAAUUCGGCCGGGGCUGCUUGACUGACUCUGCCUCCUCUGUUUUCCCCCCGGGAAAGUGCGCCGUGGAAAUGGGAGCUAUAAAAAAUGACCAGGCAAUUGUCAAGGCUUUUAGUUGAACUUCAAGCGUUUUGGCAACAUGUUCCGCACUUUUCCGCUGCUCUGUCUGCUGUUCCUUACGGCUGUCCGUUCGGAAAACUGUGAUCAGGAUGCCAGUGCCACGUUAUAUUGCCGCGGUGAACGCGCUCUGCGAAAUGUCCUGCGGAAUUUCAAUCGCAGCGAUAAGCCCCUUGUAGUGGUUAGGGGAUUGGAGAUAGUUCCACUGCCAAACAAUUCAAUUGCUGAUGAGCAGCAGGACCAGGACCUGGGUAUUCUGGACAGUCUGUCCUUCUAUCUGCGCACCCACGAGAUCAAUGUAAAGCUGGCGGAUCUCCUGGAGGACGAGGCCCCAGUUUCGGAGGCCCGCAAAAAGGACAAAGGCCAGGGAAUGCUGUUGGCCAUGGCGCUGAUGUUUGGCAAGAUGAUGGCCGUGAUGGGGCUGGGCGGCAUCGCGGCUUUGGCCAUGAAGGCUCUGGGCGUGUCCUUGGUGGCUCUGAUGGUGGCCGGAAUGCUGGGUCUGAAGACGGCCGCCCAGCACGGCGGAGAGUCCAGUCACAGCAUAUCGUACGUGACCGGCGAGGGACACCAUCACAAGCGGAGGCGCCGCUCAUCCGGCCAACAACCCUUGGCCUACAGGGGCUGGUACUGAGGAACUGAGGAACUGAGGGACCCAUGCUGUUGUCGUGCAUUUUGUUAGUUCUCAUGUAGCGCUUCAAUAAUUUAAUAAUUUAUUCGUCAUGCAACAG